AUGUAUUCCGAAAAGUUAUCAUCGCGUCGCUUAAACCCACCAUUAUUUUAUCGGCCCCUUCCACCGAUCCCAAAAAAGAGAUCUUCAUUUAACCGUUACUUUACCCACUGUAUUUUCAACGGCUUGCGCCGCUCUCAAAAGCGUCGCUAUAUCCGAUCAACCCCACUUCAAGCACCACAUCGAGGUAAUCCUUCAGGUACUCGACAUAAUAAUGGUCUCUACAAUACCGAAGUAACCACAAUACCACCGCAUGAGCUUACGAAUCCUUUUGUAAGAAAAGCAAAUGAUCGUCGUGGUGGUAUU